AUGGCUAACGUCGGCACUAUCCGCCUCUGCCCGGCUUGUAACACCAUCUACAUCAUGAGUUAUGACCUGCAUGUCAUCUGCAUGCUAGCCAUUUUCUCCCCGCUAGAAGGGGAAUUCCCCGUAGCGAACCAAUGCUGCCUCAAUGAGGCAUUGGACAUCUUUGGUGUUGGGCGGGAAUCGGACAAUUCCGCCCCAGAGACGGCGACUGAUAUCUCCACUCCCUUCCUCCGGAGGAGGCCGCGGAGGCAGAUGCAAAAUCGGUCCAGGCUCAGGGCCUCCCGAUGUCGGCGACCACCCCCUUUCCGCCGAUGGGCGCACUUGUUUUCGCGCUGCCGGACAUCAUCGCGAAAGCGUUUCUCCCAGUUCCUGCUCUGGAGACUGACUGAUCGCUCCCACCAAUGCGGCGACCAACAACACCGCCUUCCUGGCCUACGCCAUCUCCAAGAAGGCUCGGGAGAUGGAGCUGCCUCCGGAAGAUGUGGAAGAAUUCUGCAAUCUCGCAGACACCAUCCUGAACCUCUGUGCGGCGUCGGCUGUGUGCUCCUCCCGCAUCGCACAUGGGGGGUGAUUGGAAAACUGGAGAAUAAGAGGCCCCUGACCACUCUGUGCAGAAAGACCAUCGGGGCAGAUGUGACCAAUGAACUCGAGGAAUAUGACAAAACACUAGAGAAGGAACGAACUGCUCAAAAGAUGAACCUUCAGAAGCAGCUAGUGAAGAUCCAUAAUGAUGUACAGACAUUUCAGAGACAUCUAAAUGAUGUUACUGCGACUCCUGAAUCGAUUGAAAGACUUAAAGAAAAGGCGUCAGAGGUGGAAGGGUCAAUAAACGCUCUAAAGGAGGAGCGCCGUUUAUGCUUUAAGGAAUAUUUAAAGGAGGAGCGGACGUGCAGCCAGGAGGUUACUGCUUAUGAGAAGAAGACUGAAAACUGGAGUCUUCCAUUUAACUCAAACCACAAGUUACCUGCGACUUCUGCUCUUAAGACCAAACCCGCCAACAGAGACCUACCGGCAGAGGUCAAAGCUUUGGAGGAUUUCCUGCAGAAGACAGAAGGUCCUCAUGGAGGCUGGGACCAAUUGGAUCACCAAACGUUCUUAAGAGUCUGGAUGAAGCACAGUGGGCGGCCAUCGUACAGGAAGGAGGCGAAACUGUACCUGCCAGGUAAAACACAGGAGCAGAUGCAGCAACACGAGAGCUGGCUUCAGGAGCUGCUGCACCUGCAACACAACAAGAGAGAGGCUAUUCGACGUUGGAAAACCAGUAAAGAUCAAGAACGUCAGACAAAGAUCCAAACUCAGGAGGCACAAAACAGAGAGAGGAAGGUCAAGAGCCUGUCUGAGCAGCAGCAGACUGAGGAGGAGAGAAUGGAGGUGGCACGGCGCCUGGAGGUAUGGAAGAAAGAGAAGGAAAGAAAAGAGGAAGAAGAAGCAGAGCAGGAACUGGCUAAGGAGAUUCAGAGGAGGAGAUGGGAAACGGAGAAGCGCCGCCGCCAGCUGGAGGUAAAGAUGACCCUUGAGGAGCAUCUGCGAUUGAGACAGGAGGAAGAGGAGGAACAGAAGAAUAGAAAAAGAGAAAAGGAACAGAGAGAAAGGGAGGAGAAGCAAACAGAGGCAACAAAACUCAUCAAAAGCUUCAGUAAAAGGGAUCUUCACAAGGCGAAGGCAAAACUUCAUGAGAGCCAGCUGAGGGAAAAAGAGGAAGACGAAAGAUGGAAAAGAAUUGCUAAAAAACUAAAGGAAAAGAUAGAUGGUCAUGUAGACAGAGACCCCUCCAGACUGGUUCGCCCCACUAGGGGAUGGGAGGAAAGGAUGAAACACACUGGACCUUCAGGAGAGAGACCCAUGCUACAGAUGUUUCACAGAGCCAUUCCCACUUGGAGACAAGGGCUGUGAUGUCAACAUGAGCCGAGUCCUGCCGUUUUUUACUGUCUCCAGAACCUCAAAAUGUGUGAACCGAUGACAGCAUGAUUACACUAAACAACCAUGACGACAACUCCUUUGGAAAGACAGCACCAGCAGCUUGUUUAGUCUCAAUGCACUGGGCCGAGAUUAGUAACAAAUGCAAAUAAAAGAACUCCACAACUUGA